CGCCAUGGCCCAGAGUGAAGCCGUGAGUGCAGGAGCACAUCAUGAUGGCCAGUGUUAGAGGCUCGGCCCAGCGUGGGUGAGGCGCUCCGCCCGGCACGAUGGACGACCCGGGGCCGCAGCUCGGCCUCAACGACUCCACACUCCACGACGACCUGAACCGCUUCGUGGUGGACUACCUUCCCACGGGGCCCACGGCGAGCGGCCCGGGCCAGGACUACCGCAACACGGCCCUGGCGGUGGUGGAGAUCGUGGUGCUGGUGCUGAUCCUGAUCGUCGCCAUGAUCGGCAACGUGUUCGUGCUGAUCGCCUUGUAUCGCCACUCGCUGUUCCAGCCCAUGUCGCGCUGCUACGUCUUCAUGCUGCACCUCAGCUUGGCCGACCUGCUCGUCGCCCUCCUCAACAUCCUGCCGCAGCUUAUCUGGGAGAUCACCUACCGCUUCAAGGGCUCCGACCUGCUCUGCCGCUUCGUCAAGUACGCCCAGGUGUUCGUGCUGUACGUGUCGACGUACAUGCUGGUCUUCAUGGCGGUGGACCGAGCCUGUGCCGUGCAGGGGAGCGGGCGGGGGUCCCUGAGGGCAGCGAAGCUGAUGGUGGGCGGGGCGUGGGUGCUGGGGCUGAUCCUGGCCACGCCCCAGACGCUGCUCUUCGCCGUGAGGGAGGUCAAACCCGGGGUCCACGACUGCUGGGUGGUGUUCGAGCUGGUGACCGAGCGCAUGUACGUGACGUGGUUCGUGGUGUCCGUGUUCCUGGUGCCCCUGGCCAUCAUCGCCCUCUGCUACAGCUAUAUCUGCUGGGCGGUGUGGCGUAGCGCCGGCACCCCCUGGCCUCUGGCCGCCUUCGGCCGUCGGUGCCGCUGUUUCCGGUACCUGCGAGGCGGGGCCAGGGACACGGGCCUGGAGCUGGAGCCCAUCCCCAGGAGAGACACCCACCUCGUCCGCCCCGCCUCGGCCUCCCUGGCCGUCGACAAGGUCUCGGCCGCUAAAAUGAAGACGGUCCGCAUGACCUUCACCAUCGUUUUUGCCUUCACCAUCUGCUGGGCGCCCUUCUGCAUCGCCCAGCUCCUCAACGUCUACAACAAGCCCGAAGACCAGUCGAACAUGAGCCCAGUGACGGUGGUGUGUCUGCUGCUGGGGUCGCUCAACAGCUGCACCAAUCCCUGGAUCUACCUCUGUUUCAGCGGCACUCUUCUUAACCAGCUAAGGGUGUCGCUUGGCUUCGGACCCAGCCGCUCGGGCGACAACAUCUCCAUCGGGGACCAAGAACCCGGCCACGGACGGGGCCUUGAACCCAGCAAGCGACCCACCACACGCUCCAACAUGGUCUAGGAACGCCACCACACGCUCCAACAUGGUCUAGGAACGCCACCACAUGCUCCAACAUUCUCUAGGAACGCCACCACACGCUCCAACAUGGUCUAGGAACGCCACCACACGCUCCAACAUGGUCUAGGAACGCCACCACACGCUCCAACAUGGUCUAGGAGCGCCAUCACACACUCCAACAUGGUCUAGGAACGCCACCACACGCUCCAACAUGGUCUAGGAACGCCACCACACGCUCCAACAUGGUCUAGGAACGCCAUCACACACUCCAACAUGGUCUAGGAACGCCAUCACACGUUCCAACAUGGUCUAGGAGCGCCACCACACGUUCCAACAUGGUCUAGGAGCGCCACCACACGUUCCAACAUGGUCUAGGAACGCCACCACACGUUCCAACAUGGUCUAGGAACGUCACACACACGUUCCACCAUGAUCUAGAAAUGCCAUGACACGCUCCAACAUAAUCUAAGGACGUCACUAUAUUCUUAUCUACGUUUCAGGGACGCCAUUUCACGGUCCUCUACCUCUUGGGACGCAACCAUGGGCAAUAACAUGCUCAGAGGACGCCAUAAAACAUCCAACAUGCUCAGAGGACGUCAUAAAACAGCCAACAUGCUACGAGGACGCCAUAAAACAGCCAACAUGCUCAGAGGACGUCAUAAAACAGCCAACAUGUUCAGAGGACGACAUAAAACAGCCAACAUGCUCAGAGGACGCCAUAAAACAGCCAACAUGCUCAGAGGACGCCAUAAAACAGCCAACAUGCUCAGAGGACGCCAUAAAACAGCCAACAUGCUCAGAGGACGUCAUAAAACAGUCAACAUGCUCAGAGGACGCCAUAAAACAGCCAACAUGCUCAGAGGACGCCAUAAAACAGUCAACAUGCUCAGAGGACGCCAUAAAACAGCCAACAUGCUCAGAGGACGCCAUAAAACAGCCAACAUGCUCAAAGGACGUCAUAAUGCAGUCAGACGUGCCAACGAAGCUUCGUGUUCUCACAUCAUGCUUAUCGUCGAUUUUAGCUGUUCUUCUCUAAACAAAUCUUCCUGUUCGAUGUAGGAUAGACAUGAGGGAUAGAUAGCUCUGGUCGCUUCAACAGAUUCUGUAUAGGUAAAAACAUGAGAAAUCUUUGGCUUAAAGAUUACACAACCUAUGUUUCAGUGGACCGUCCAACUGUGGUGUUUAUAUGUGAAAAAAAUAACAUUACCAAGUUUAGAAGCUAAAUGAGAAACACAAUAAUAUUUACUAGUGCUCAUGGCUAUUCCUGUAUUCAAGAAACAUGUUGAAUAAUGUUGAACAUAUACAUCAAUGUUUCCCGUAUUCAAGAACGCCCUUUAUAUAUUUUUAAAUGAAAAGGCGAAAGUUUUGUCUUCGGUGUUAAGUGUUGGGUGUGUAUAUUGAUGUGUUUAUGGACAUAAUUGUAUAGCUAAUGUCUGUGUGUCUUGUGGUGCUUCGUGUGUGUGUGUGUGUGAGUGUGUGUGUGUGUGUGUGUGUGUGUGUGUGUGUGUGUGUGUGUGUGUGUGUGUGUGUGUGUGUGUGUGUGUAUGUCCCACAAUACCUCAUUCCCAGUUUUUGUAUUGUCAAGUUGCUUGAUUUCGACGCAUCAAUAAGAGAGACUUACUAGUCUAAAGACAUAGAUAACUACAGUAUUUGUGGUGAAUAUGUUCCUGGAGUUUGUGAAGAAAAAAUGCAUGCUGAUAUUUGAGCACUGAAAAGUUGAUUAAAUGUGUGAGCAUUGAAGAACCCGCAGAACACCCUUCCAUUGGCUAGUGCUAACCAGUGCUAAGGCAGCUAAUAUUUGCUCCCAACAAUACACACUUAUAUAUUUGUAUAACCUCCGCUUGAAACUGUCUGGUGUCUCCCCGCAUCUAUUACCUCACCCGGCACACUUUUCUAGGAAAUACAGAGAUGGGUUUGUGGUAAAUAUACUGGUAAAAAUACAGAAAUACAGAGAUGAGUUUGUGGUAAAUAUACUGAUUACUGAUUGAAGAAUCGAAGUGAUUUACAGAGGGUGUUGUUUCUCUGUAGUUAGUGACUUAGACUAGUUACCUUAACAACUGAAUUAUAUGUAAAUGAACUAGGUGUAUUUAGUUCUGUAAUGGAUGACCCCCGAGGUCGGGUUGCGCCCAAACAGCCGAUGUGUCUGUAAAUACGUCCGUAUUUCACUACAGAACUGUUAAUAGUUUGAAUGUAAAGCUGAGAUUUGUGACGGAUUUACUGGUAUCUCAUCUUUAUUUUGUUAUAAAUAUACUGCAUAUAAUGAGAUAAUAAUUAUAUUGCAUAUAAUGAUAUAAUAAAUAUAUUAUAUAUAGUGAUAUAAUAAAUAUAUUGAAUAUACUAUAAUAAAAAUACUGAACAUGAAAUAACAAAUAUAAUUCUAUAACAAAGACACAGAACAUAUUGAGAAUAUAUCUGAAUGUUUCUGAGAGAAAUAUAUCGGGAUAAACCCAGGUGAUAUUUGUGGUGAAUAUAAUGACAUUGCACAUUGACGUUUAAGGUGAAUGUAUUGACAAAUCCAACUUAUGUGCGUGGGAAAAUAUAUCCGUCACGUGCUUGAGUUCUUGGAGCACAUAUUAAUGUGUAGCGAGUUCUUGGUGCACAUAUUAAUGUGUAGCGAGUUCUUGG